GAGCAGGCUCGAGGAAGGCCGCCCUGUGUUCCAGCCGGGCGGCGUGGAUGGCGUGGCAGGUGAGCAUGCCGGAGCUGGAGGACCGCCUUCAGUGCCCCAUCUGCCUGGAGGUCUUCAAGGAGCCCCUGAUGCUGCAGUGCGGCCACUCCUACUGCAAGGGCUGCCUGGUGACUCUGUCCCGUCACCUGGACUCGGAGCUGCGCUGCCCCGUGUGCCGGCAGGAGGUCGACGGCAGCAGCUCCCCGCCCAACGUCUCCCUGGCGCGGGUGAUCGAAGCCCUGCAGCUCCCCGGGGACCCGGAGCCCGCGGUCUGCGAGCACCACCGGAACCCGCUCAGCCUCUUCUGCGAGAAGGACCAGGAGCUCAUCUGCGGCCUCUGCGGCCUGCUGGGCUCCCACCAGCAGCACCGGGUCACCCCCGUCUCCACGGUCUACAGCCGCAUGAAGGAGGAGCUUGCGGGCCUCAUCUCUGACCUGAAGCAGGAGCAGAAGAAGGUGAAUGAGCAUAUCGCCAAACUGGUGAACAACAGGACCCGGAUUGUCAAUGAGUCCGAUGUGUUCAGCUGGGUGAUUCGCCGAGAGUUCCAGGAGCUGCACCACCUGGUGGACGAGGAGAAGGCCCACUGUCUAGAGGGGGUGGAGGGUCACACCCGGGGGCUUGUGGCCUCCCUGGACAUCCAGCUGGAGCAGGCCCGUGGCACUCGAGAGCGGCUGGUCCAGACCGAGCUUGUGCUGGAGCAGUUCAGUAACGAGAGUCACCACGAGUUCAUCCGGAAAUACCACUCCAUGGCCUCCAGAGCAGAGCUCCAGCAGGCCCGGCCCUUGGAAGGUGCCUUCAGCCCCGUCUCCUUCAAGCCAGGCCUCCACCAGGCCGACAUCAAGCUGACUGUGUGGAAAAGACUCUUUCGCAAGGUUCUGCCAGCUCCAGAGUCCCUCAAGCUGGACCCUGCCACCGCCCACCCUCUCUUGGAGCUCUCCAAGGGCAACACCGUGGUGCAGUGCGGGCUCCUGGCCCAGCGCCGCGCCAGCCAGCCCGAGCGCUUCGACUACAGUACCUGUGUCCUGGCCAGCCAGGGCUUCUCCUGCGGCCGCCACUACUGGGAGGUGGUGGUGGGCAGCAAGAGCGACUGGCGCCUGGGGGUCAUCAAGGGCACAGCUAGUCGCAAGGGCAAGCUGAGCAAGUCCCCAGAGCAAGGCGUGUGGCUCAUCGGCCUGAAGGAGGGCCGGGUGUACGAGGCCUUUGGCUGCCCGCGGGUGCCCCUGCCUGUGGCCAGCCACCCCCACCGCAUCGGCGUCUACUUGCACUAUGAGCAGGGAGAGCUCACCUUCUUCGAUGCUGACCGCCCCGAUGACCUGCGGCCGCUCUACACAUUCCAGGCUGACUUCCAGGGCAAGCUCUACCCCAUCCUGGACACGUGCUGGCACGAAAGGGGCAGCAACUCACUGCCCAUGGUGUUGCCCUCACCCAGUGGGGCCGGCCACCUCACCCCCGCACAGCCCACCAAGCUGUAAGGCUGCUUGUGGGGUCGCCUGCCCACAGGCUCUUCCCAGCUGGGCACAGGGACUUGAGGGGUUCCUCUGGGUCCAGCG